AAGCCACUUCCAACGUCUCUCUUUGUAAACUCCGCUAACCUACUCACUACCCAUCUCCUUCUUCUUCUUCUUCUUCUAUCAAAUCGUAUGCGCAUUCUUCUUCACCGCCCUCUCACUAUCCCACAUUCAUUCUCUCUUUCGUCAUCUACCAUGGCUUGUUCUCUCGCUCUCCCUUCGUUUUCUCUCAAAAGUCUCUCUUUCACCGGCUCCAAUGCAAAUGGAAUUCGAAACUUUGGCAUGAAAAAUCCAGGUCGAUCUAGGGUUUUUAUGAGUGUAUCUGUUGGAUCUCAAACCGUUGGCGUUGUUGAUGAUUCCUUGUUCGCCGAUUACAAGCCUACCCUUGCUUUUCUGUUUCCCGGUCAGGGUGCACAAGCUGUUGGAAUGGGAAAGGAAGCUCAGAGUGUGCCGGCCGCAGCAGACUUAUACAAGAAAGCAAAUGAUAUAUUAGGGUAUGAUCUUCUAGAGAUCUGCACUAGUGGUCCAAAAGAGAAGCUGGAUUCAACUGUGAUAAGCCAGCCUGCUAUUUAUGUAACGAGUUUAGCUGCAGUUGAGGUGCUCCGAGCCCGUGAUGGAGGCCAGCAGAUAAUUGAUUCUGUUGAUGUCUCAUGUGGUCUCAGCUUGGGAGAAUAUACUGCUCUAGCAUUUGCUGAAGCUUUCAGCUUUGAGGAUGGACUCAAGCUGGUCAAACUGAGAGGUGAAGCAAUGCAGGAAGCUGCUGAUGCUGCAAAAAGUGCCAUGGUUAGUGUCAUAGGACUGGACUCUGACAAAGUGCAACAGUUGUGUGAUGCAGCCAAUCAAGAAGUUGAUGAAGCUAAUAAAGUUCAGAUUGCAAAUUAUCUCUGUCCUGGGAAUUAUGCUGUAUCUGGGGGUGUGAAAGGAGUGGAAGUUGUAGAAGCGAAAGCAAAGUCAUUUAAAGCUCGAAUGACGGUACGCCUAGCUGUUGCUGGUGCUUUCCAUACAAGUUUCAUGGAACCUGCUGUCUCAAGAUUGGAAGCUGCAUUGGCAGCAACAGCAAUUAAAUCUCCUAGAAUACCAGUUAUAUCCAAUGUUGACGCUCAGCCACAUGCUGAUCCUGCCACAAUCAAGAAGAUAUUGGCACGCCAGGUGACUUCUCCUGUUCAAUGGGAAACAACAGUGAAGACUCUCCUAACCAAAGGGCUGAAGAAAAGUUAUGAAUUAGGACCUGGGAAGGUUAUUGCUGGCAUUGUCAAGAGAAUGGACAGGGGUGCUGAAAUUGAGAACAUAGGCGCUUGAAAGGGUAAAUUAGACCAUUUGGUGUACAUGGUUUUGUUCAAUCGAGGAAAGGAAGAAAGAAAGCUUAGAUUUUAUAGCAAAAACUAGUUAAAUAGUGUGCGAUUCGUCUGAGGAUAUUUUUUUUUUUCAACUUCAAUUUUGAAUUGAGAUUAGCGUCAUGUACUAGAGAUUUCGUAUUUAUGUUGUGAAAUAAUACUAAUAAAUUAGUUUAUUCAAUA